UGACGUCAGCGCGUCGAGGACGGUUGACGGUUGACACCAGCCGGUGGCGGGACUGGGGAGACUGAGGGAGCGGGUCAUGGAGCUGGCUUGAAAUUCAUCUUCGCCGGAUCAAGAAUCAAGAAUAAUGACCACCGCAAGUAAAACUCCGCCUGGAGAAGAUCCAAAACAGUUGGAAAGAACUGGCACAGUGCGUGAGAUAGGUUCACAGGCUGUUUGGUCCCUAUCUUCUUGUAAACCAGGUUUUGGUGUGGAUCAGUUACGUGAUGAUAAUCUGGAAACAUAUUGGCAGUCAGAUGGAUCUCAGCCUCAUCUCGUUAACAUCCAGUUUCGCCGGAAAACAACUGUGAAAACCCUAUGUAUUUAUGCAGACUACAAAUCAGAUGAAAGCUAUACUCCAAGCAAGGUCUCUGUCAGAGUGGGAAACAACUUUCAUGACCUCAAAGAAAUGCGGGUGUUUGGAAGAAGCAUGUGAACAGGAAUACUUGAGUGCACCUGAGACAAUGAGGAUUGAAAAGCUCACAAGCAGUAUUUGCUUGAUGUAACUGAGCAACAUUGAAGCUCAGGGGAAAAAGGACUGGCUCUGAAGGAAUGUGCAUACAGGAAAAGAGGGUGAUAAACCAGAAUAGGAGCAAGCAUUGAAACUGGAACUUUGCAGUAACUUAUCUCCUGAUUUUCUGAACUCCACAUGCCAUCUACAAGGUGCAAGUCAGCAUUGUAAUGGAGUACUGUGUACUUAUCUGGAUGAGGACAGCUCCAAAACAAUGAAAUAAAAUUGACACCGCUUAGAACAAAGCAUUCCUCUUGAUUGGCACUGCAUUCUCAACCAUGAAGAUUCAUCCUUUCUAUUACUAAUAGAAAAUGACUACAGUGUGUACCAUCCACAAACUACCCUUCAGCAACAUAACACGGCUUCUUUGAGAGAACUUCCUGUUCACAUGCUUCUUCCAAACACCUAAAAAAAAAUUCUGGUAUUAGCUUCUCCCACAAGGGGAAACACCCUUUCCAUACCUAUCCCAUCAAGACUUCU